ACAUCAAGAACCAAAAUGGUCGACUCCGGCCGUCGCCGCCGCCGCCGGGGGGAGGAGGGCCAUGAUCCAAAGGAACCAGAACAGUUGAGAAAACUGUUUAUUGGUGGUCUGAGCUUUGAAACUACAGAUGAUAGCUUAAGAGAACAUUUUGAGAAAUGGGGCACACUUACAGAUUGUGUGGUGAUGAGAGACCCCCAAACAAAACGUUCCAGGGGCUUUGGUUUUGUGACUUACUCUUGUGUUGAAGAGGUGGAUGCAGCAAUGUGUGCUCGACCACACAAGGUUGAUGGGCGUGUAGUGGAACCAAAGAGAGCUGUUUCUAGAGAGGAUUCUGUAAAGCCUGGUGCCCAUCUAACAGUGAAGAAAAUUUUUGUUGGUGGUAUUAAAGAAGAUACAGAAGAAUAUAAUUUGAGAGACUACUUUGAAAAGUAUGGCAAGAUUGAAACCAUAGAAGUUAUGGAAGACAGGCAGAGUGGAAAAAAGAGAGGAUUUGCUUUUGUAACUUUUGAUGAUCAUGAUACAGUUGAUAAAAUUGUUGUUCAGAAAUACCACACUAUUAAUGGGCAUAAUUGUGAAGUGAAAAAGGCCCUUUCUAAACAAGAGAUGCAAUCUGCUGGAUCACAAAGAGGUCGUGGAGGUGGAUCUGACAACUUUAUGGGUCGUGGAGGAAACUUUGGAGGUGGAGGAGGUAACUUUGGCCGUGGUGGAAACUUUGGUGGGAGAGGAGGCUAUGGUGGUGGAGGUGGUGGCAGUAGAGGUAGUUAUGGAGGAGGUGAUGGUGGAUAUAAUGGAUUUGGAGGUGAUGGUGGCAACUAUGGCGGUGGACCUGGUUAUAGUAGUAGAGGAGGCUAUGGUGGUGGUGGACCAGGAUAUGGAAACCAAGGUGGUGGAUAUGGUGGUGGUGGUGGAGGAUAUGAUGGUUACAAUGAAGGAGGAAAUUUUGGAGGUAACUAUGGUGGUGGUGGGAACUAUAAUGAUUUUGGAAAUUAUAGUGGACAACAGCAAUCAAAUUAUGGACCCAUGAAGGGGGGCAGUUUUGGUGGAAGAAGCUCGGGCAGUCCCUAUGGUGGCGGUUAUGGAUCUGGUGGUGGAAGUGGUGGAUAUGGUAGCAGAAGGUUCUAAAAACUCAGAAGAAAAGGGCUACAGUUCUUAGCAGGAGAGAGAGCGAGGAGUUGUCAGGAAAGCUGCAGGUUACUUUGAGACAGUCGUCCCAAAUGCAUUAGAGGAACUGUAAAAAUCUGCCACAGGAGGAACGAUGAUCCAUAGUCAGAAAAGUUACUGCAGCUUAAACAGGAAACCCUUCUUGUUCAGGACUGUCAUAGCCACAGUUUGCAAAAAGUGCAGCUAUUGAUUAAUGCAAUGUAGUGUCAAUUAGAUGUACAUUCCUGAGGUCUUUUAUCUGUUGUAGCUUUGUCUUUUUCUUUUUCUUUUCAUUACAUCAGGUAUAUUGCCCUGUAAAUUGUGGUAGUGGUACCAGGAAUAAAA